AUGACUGCUCUCGGUCCUAUGCCCCCCCACGGGCCCGAUAUGGCCGGCACGCACCCUCAGUACGAGGAGAUGCACCCGACAGAAAAGGAUGCCUUUGACGUGCUCCUCCGUCCCGAUGACAGCUAUACCCCCGAGGGUGUCUACUGGGCCGAUCUGCCUCUGGGACAGCGAUUCAAGUUCGUCAACAAGGUCGAAAGUACCGAGGCGCGCAGAGAGUUGGGCAAUCUCGGUAGAAUGAUCAAGGCCGAUCCUCUCUCGCCCGUUACCUUCUACUUCAAAAACAUGGUUUUGCCUGGUGCUGGUCUGCUCUUGGAAGGUUACGUCUUGUUCUCCGUCAGCAAUGUCCAGUCGCUUUUGUCCGCCGCGUUCCCCGACUGCUGGAAAAAUCACACAACUUGCAAUGCCCAGUGGAUUAACUCCUUGACCUAUUUGGAAAUUGCUGGUAUCAUGGUUGGUCAGGUUCUUGUUGGUUAUCUCGGUGAUAUGAUCGGUCGUCGCUGGGGUCUUAUUCAAGAUGCCACCAUCAUGUUUGUCGGUCUUCUCAUGCUUACUGCCGCGUACGGUGUCACCGAGAACGGCUGGGUCAUCUGCUAUGCCUGGUCUCUCUUCUUCUACAGUAUCGGUGUUGGUGGUGAAUACCCUAUGACUGCCACCUCCGGUAUGGAAAACGCCGUCGGUUCCGGCCGAGUCUCUACUCGCGAGGAUCGUCUCCACCGUGGUCGCAAGGUCGUCAGUGCCUUCUUGAUGCAGGGCUGGGGUCAGCUCCUCAACCAGGGUCUCCUCAUUGUUCUUCUGUUGAUCUUCCACCACGGCUCCGGCAGCCCUCCUUACUCCAAGGUCGCUGCUCAGUGGACCUACCGUGUGUCAUUCGCUAUCCCCGCCGCCGGAACUCUCUGGCUCACCUACUACCGUACAUACCAUAUGAAGGCCGCCUCCAAGCAACUCCAAGCCAUCAAGAAGAAGGCUUCCGUUACUGGAUACGAUGUCGAAUCUUUCCGUCUUACCUUGAAGUACUUCGGUCCUCGUCUCUUUGCCACCAGUUUCGGUUGGUUCGCCAACGAUAUCUUCUUCUACGGUAACAAGCUCUUCCAGAGUCAAUUUAUUACCGUCAUCCUACCCCAUGAGUCGUCAAUCAUGCCCAACUGGUUGUACAACCUGCUGAACAUCGGUGUCUCUCUUGUUGGCUACUACCUUGCUUCUUUCCUCAUCGACAACAAGUUCUAUGGACGUAAAUGGAUGCAACAGAUUGGUUUCUUGAUGUGCUUUGUUCUCUUCGUCGUUCCCGGUUUCCACUACAAGUACUACACCUCCAAGGAGCACAUCAAGGAAUUCCAGGCCAUGUACUUCUUGUCCUCUUUCUUCAACCAGUUCGGUCCUAAUUGUGUUACCUUCUUGGUUGCCGCCGAAUGUUUCCCUGCUCCCAUCCGUGCCUCUGCCCACGGUUUCUCCGCUGCUAUGGGUAAGCUCGGUGCUUUGAUUGCCGCCAUCGUCUCCUCCUACACCACCGUCCAGCAACGUUUCUACAUCUGGCCCUGGUUCGGUCUCGCUGGUAUGCUCGUCACCUUCUUGUGGCUUCCGGACACCACCGGUCUUGACCUCAAGGAGCAAGAACGCCGCUGGUGGUACAUUCGUAAUGGCCGUGAGCACGAAUAUCAUGGUGUUGCCAUCCACCCCCAGCACUUGUCUGUCUGGGAGCGCCUCCGCGGUGCUGGCAAGUACUACGAUGCCGAGCUCGACUACAAGCAGAAGGUUGAGGACUACCGUCAGGAGUGGGAGAGCGGUAUUGCUCGCAAGAACUCUAACGAAGAUGGUGAGAUUGAUGUCGACGCGGAAGAGGCUCUCUUCGAGGGUGCCGUUCACAACUACUUUGAGCGCACCAGCCCCAUGUUCCGUGGCACUGAGAAGCUUGGUGGUCAGCAGAAGUUCUCCAGCUUGCCUCCUGCCGCUCAAUCUAUCGAGAGUGACGAGACUGAGGCUGCUGCUCCUGUUACUGAGAAGUAG